AUGAAGUUGAGCACAAAUGGAGGAAAUGUCCCUGCGCAAUUGCUGGUUCUUGAUGGAAAAAAUUGGGAGCGGUGGCAUAUUCAAAUGAAGGCGUUGUUUGAAUUUCAAGACGUGAUGGGGGUAGUGAAGAAUGGCGUAGCAGCGGAACCAGCAGAACUCGCUACUGAGGUGGUGAGGAAUGCAUACAAGGAUAGCAAGAAGAAGAAUGCGAAGGCAAUAUUCUUUCUGCAUCAGAGUGUAGAUGAUGCGAAUUUCAAUCUGAUCUCGAAGGCGACCUCAGCGAAGCAGGCCUGGGAUAAACUUGAGAAAUGUUAUGCUGGUGGAGAUCGAAUCAAGAAGGUGAAACUUCAAGUGUUGCAGCGACAGUUUGACUCAAUGACGAUGGAAGAGAAUGAGAAGAUUGCUGACUUCUUUGCACGAGUAAAGGUAGUCACCAAUCAGAUGGCUACACAAGGUGAGACUCUAACUGAUGGAAAAUUUUGUGAGAAAAUUACUCGAUCUCUGCUGGAAAAAUAUGAUUAUAUAGUAUGUGCAAUUGAGGAAUCCAAGGAAAUAAGUGAAAUGAGUUUAGAAGAAUUGCAAAGUUCACUAGAAGCUAGAGAACUUAGAUUGCUAGAGAGAAAUAAGAAGAAAAUUGUUGAACAAGCCUUAUUGGCUCAAUCUAGUAACAAGAAUCCUGGCGACAGUAACAGAGGAAGAAGUGGUUUUAGAGGAAGAGGUCAUGGUAGGAACAAUAAAGGAAGAAGUGGCUAUGUUUCUAGUAGUGGAAGAGGCCAGAAUAAUGUUGAAAAUAAACCUGAUCAGUCGCAGAGAGGCAGGGGCAGAGGCUACUAUCGAGGUGGUAGCAAUGGCAGAGGAAGAGGUGGUAGGAAAAUGUUUGAUAAACAGAACAUCCAAUGUUAUAAUUGUGAUAGGUGGGGACACUUUGCAGAUGAGUGUUAUGCGAAGAAGGAUUCCCUAGGUGAUGAGGCAAAUCUUGCCAAAGGUGAUGAUGAAGAAAAUGAGCUAGUGAUGCUCAUGGUGACUACUGCAGAUCAAGUAUGCACCAUUGAUGAAUGGUACCUUGACACAUGA